GCUUACGCUGCUUCGGAGCGGAGUGUGAAUCCGCGGAGGUCCCGAGAUCUCGAUCCGGAUCGCCGGAUUUUCGCCGUCGGCCGGCCGGUGGUGGUGUUGGUGGUGGUGGUGACCGCGGUUCGGGGAAUCCCUGCCGGAGGACGAGGCGCCGCUUUGGGGAAAUCCCGUCGGCGGAGAGUGGAGCGCGCGUUCGGGGUUCGGGAAAAUCCCUCCUCUGAUGGCGGAGGUGGUGUUGCACAUCUACGACGUGACGAACAGUGGAUCGGAGAAGACGAACAACACGAUCAUGCAGAUCAAUAAGAUCUUCAAGGACGCCAUGGGGAUCGGCGGCAUAUUCCACAGCGCUGUGCAGGUUUAUGGAGAUGAUGAGUGGUCUUUUGGAUUUUGUGAACAAGGAACUGGAGUUUUUAGUUGUCCUUCUGGAAAGAAUCCAAUGUAUACGUAUCGUGAAUGCAUUGUUCUUGGAAGCACCAACCUUUCAAUCUUCAAGGUAAACCAGAUUUUGAGAGAGCUCAGUAGAGAAUGGCCUGGGCAUACAUAUGACUUGUUAUCGAGAAACUGCAAUCACUUCUGCGAUGAGCUCUGUGAGAGGCUUGGUGUGCCCAAGAUUCCAGGCUGGGUUAAUCGGUUUGCCCAUGCUGGUGAUACUGCUGUGGAAGUAGCAGGAACUACAGCAUUGCGGUUUAGACAAGCCAAGACAGAGAUUGUCUCUGCUAGCAAAGUGGCAUACCGUUUCCUGUUGAGUGCCACAUCUAGUUCUCCAGUUGUUCCUGAUACCACGAGCAAUUCAGGCAGAGGAACACCUCGAUUUCAGGGUACGUGGUUUAAGAAUCUCAUUACCUCUGGCGCCAAACCAUCUAGUAGUGGCUCAGAUGCAGAUGAAAAAGAGGGCGAGGAUGUGUUGAGGAAAAGUAGCGAAGAAGAUGCAGAAGUUCCACUGCGGCAAAACUCUAGGACUGAUAGCUAGACCUCUAGACUUUGCAAGAAUGCUCGGUGUGUGUAUCAGAGUAAUAUAGAUGAGAUUGUUGAAUAGCAAUCGACUGACUGGUCAUUCGUUGUGUAUUGAAAUGUUUGAUUUCUUUUCAAUUCAAAAAUUGGCUUAAAUUCGCCCCAAUUGUUUAAAAGGGGAUUCGCCAUCAUGUUCAA